UGCACAAUAAUCAAAAUGUUCAAAAUCCUGAUGAUCUGCGCUAUUAUUGGCCUGGCCGCCGCCUUCCCCAGUGACCAUGUCGAAGUCAUUGAGGAAAAAAAUGACGUGCGUGCAGAUGGCGCCACAGUAGUACUUAAACAAAAUGACGGCACCGAGGAGACUAGAGACAUAGAUGAGCACGGCGUUAUCCACGGCACCAGCUCCUGGGUCUCACCCGAGGGAGAACACAUUAAGUUCACUUAUGUGGCUGAUGAGAACGGUUACCAGCCCCAGGGUGAUGUUAUCCCAACCCCACCCCCAACUCCAGAGUUAAUUUUGAAGGCUCUUGCUUAUCUCGAGUCUCAUCCCUCAAAAGACAGUCACUAAAAUAAUUGUAAUCUUGCUAAUUGGACUGUACAAGCUCCCGACCCUGGAAUACUUCUCGACAAUGAUACUAUUUAAGUUUUUCGUCUCUAAAGCAUAAUUUUUUUACGAUUAUAAAAAUAUAUGCAAAACAUUUUUUACGGCAAAAAUA